CAUGUCGACGUCUUCAGAAGACAACAAGAGCAGCGCUAUCCGCUUUGGCGAGCGUGAGAUUGGCGACUCUGAUAAUCGACCUACAAAGACCGCUGCCGCCGCUCGUCAUGCACAAUUCGAACUGGGCGAGUACAAUGACUCUCCUAGAGGUGAAGAGAUGGAUGGAACGGCAGACGUAUAUGGAUCUGUGCCAUCAGACAAGCGAGAUAUGAUGCGUAUGGGCAAGGAGCAAGAACUUCGUGUAAUAUUCCGCCAAGUCUCGCUGCUGUCGUUCACUGCCAUCUUGAUGGCAACAUGGGAGUUUGUUCUCAUGGCUUGUACGCAGGGUCUUGUUGAUGGCGGUCGUGGUGGUCUGUUCUGGAGUUAUGUCUGGGUUAUGAUUGGAUAUGGAUUCAUCGUUGCCAGUUUGGCAGAGAUGAGUUCUAUAGCUCCGACUUGUGGCGGCCAGUAUCACUGGGUCUCAGAAUUCGCACCACCGAGUUGCCAGAAGUUCCUGUCGUACAUCACAGGAUGGGUGUCGACUCUGAGUUGGCAAGCCNNGGGCUUCCUCUGCGGAACAUUAAUCCAAUCAUUGAUCAUCAUCAAGAACCCCGAAUAUGCUGCACCUGGCUGGCAGGGCACAUUGCUCGUCUUUCCCGUCAUGUUGGUCUGUGUCGUCUUCAACGUCUGGUUCAACCAUUGGCUGCCAAGCAUGCAAAAUGCAGUCAUGGUAUUGCACGUCGCCGGAUUUCUGGCAAUCAUGAUUGUUUUCUGGGUUCUCAGUCCGCACGUUCCCGCAAGGGAGGUAUUCCUGGACUUCCAAAACGAUGGUGGUUGGCAGACGAUGGGUCUCGCUCUCAUGAUCGGUCAGGUUUCUGCAGUCGGUUUCCUUGGAGCCUCGGACGCAGCGGCCCAUAUGUCUGAAGAAGUGAAAGACGCCGGACUUUCAGUCCCAAGAGCUAUGUCUUUGAACAUGCUGACAUAUUCUCAANNGUGGUGGACCUACAUUGUGAACGGUCUCCUCGGUCUGGUCAUGCUAGUCUCAUUCUUGUUUGCUAUGCCAUCAGUCGAGGAUGCCAUCAACGAUGCGACUGGAUACCCGAUGAUGUACGCUUUCCAGCAAGCAAUGCCAAUGACUGGCACAAUUGUCCUGGCUGUUUUGAUGAUGAUCUUGUUGAUGGCUGGUAACAUCUCCUACCAGGCAUCGACAGCAAGACAGACCUAUGCCUUUGCUCGCGAUCGUGGAUUCCCUGGUUCUCGCUGGCUGGGAUACGUCAACCCGAAGCUGAUGAUCCCGGUGAAUGCUGUGAUCUUCUCGGCAGUAUUCACCAUCAUCUUGUCGUUGAUCAACAUUGGGUCUUCGGCUGCUUUCAAUGCAAUCAUCUCACUCGGUGCUGUAGCACAGAUGGGAACAUACGCCAUUUCAAUCACUUGCGUGCUGUACAGACGUUUGACGGCCCCGCACCUCCUUCCAAAGGCAAGGUGGAGUCUUGGCCGUUGGGGUGUGUUGGUCAACAUUGUCGGCCUUCUUUUCGCUUGGGAGGCCUUCUUCUGGUUCACCGUCGACAACUUCAACUGGGCGCCGGUCAUGUUCGUCGCCGUUGUUGUAGGGGCUUUGAUAACUUACUUCUUCCAAGGCCGUCGUGUCUACUCGGGACCAGUCGUUAUUGUGCAGGGCCGUCAGGAGACACUGACGGCU